AUAAUAUUAGAAUUUAGAAGAAGAAGCGGCACCCGCUCUGGCCACUCAUCGACUUCCCUCUUCCAUGGCGCUCCCUCACUGCCGCCAUUUCUUACUUAUUCAUCUCAUUAUCCUCUCUGCAACUUCACUGGCCUCUCCCCAAGAACAAGAGACGCCGGUCACUCGCUUCCAGCAAUACCUGAGGAUUAACACGGCUCACCCACAACCAGACUAUGCUUCCGCUGUCUCCUUUCUCAUUUCUCAAGCACAAUCCAUAGGCCUCCAGUAUCGAACUCUCGAAUUUUCACCUGGGAAGCCCCUCCUCCUCCUAACAUGGCUUGGCUCAAAUCCAUCUCUUCCCUCCCUUCUUUUCAAUUCCCAUCUCGAUUCAGUUCCCGCAGAGCCCUCCAAGUGGCUCCACCCCCCCUUCUCUGCUGUGAGGACCCCUGACGGCAAAAUUUUUGCUCGAGGAGCCCAGGACGACAAGUGCAUCGGCAUGCAAUAUAUUGAGGCAAUUAGAAAUCUAAAAAACAAGAAUUUCGCGCCUGCUCGCACAAUCCAUGUGUCUUAUGUACCGGAGGAGGAAAUAGGUGGUCUUCAUGGGGCUGCUAAGUUUGUGCAUUCGGUGGACUUCGAGAAUUUGAAUGUUGGGUUUGUAUUGGAUGAAGGGCAGGCCUCGCCUGAUGACGAGUUUAGAGUUUUCUAUGCGGAUAGGUCACCAUGGGGAUUGAAAAUAAAGGCAAAUGGUCCACCGGGACACGGUUCGAGGAUGUAUGAUAACAGUGCGAUGGAGAAUUUGAUGAAGAGCCUUGAAGUUAUCAGUAGGUUUAGGGAGAGUCAAUUUGAUGUGGUUAAGGCGGGUAAAGCGGCUAAUUCCGAAGUUAUUUCGGUGAAUCCCGUUUAUGUUAAAGCUGGCGUUACUUCAGAUACAGGAUUUGCGAUGAAUGUGCAACCUUCAGAAGCAGAAGCAGGAUUCGAUCUGAGGUUGCCCCCCACUGCGAACCCAGAAGAAAUGAAAAGGAGAAUUGCUAAAGAAUGGGUUCCAGCUAUUAGAAAUAUGUCAUAUGAGCUUUUUAUUUCAGGAUUGUUAUUCUUUUGCUUGUUUGUGAUCAAACAAAAGUAUAGAAUGAUGGUUGACAGGCUGAUUGCAUUCUGUAUAUGGCAGAUCAUAGAGAAAGGACCCAUUAGAGACUACACGGGGCGCCCUUUAAUGACCUUAACUAAUGCCUCCAAUUCAUGGUGGUUAGUUUUUGAGCAGGCUAUCACAUUUGCUGGGGGAAAACUAGCGAAGCCUGAAAUUCUGUCUUCAACAACUGAUGCUCGGUACAUUAGACAGACAGGAAUUCCUGUACUUGGUUUCUCACCAAUGUCAAAUACUCCCAUCUUGCUUCAUGACCACAAUGAGCAUCUACGAGAUACUGUGUAUUUGAAGGGAAUAAAAGUAUACGAGAGUGUGAUAAGUUCCUUGAGUUCAUUUAUGGAAGCAUGAUAAUCGAUGUCCACCGUUGUUUCUUGGUAACGGACGAGGCUAUCUUGUUAAACCUCGCAACGACUGAAGGUGAAGAAUACUUGAGCCUCGUGUGACUUGUAAGGUGAAGAAUUCUGGGAGGUGGAUGCUCCCACCCCACGAGGCAUUGGGGAAUCAGAUGUUCCGGCACUUGUUAUGCGUCAUAACUUUUGAAAUUUGUCUGUGUGAUCUGUAAAUAGUUUCCAUAAGGCAUUGGAAAGCCAGUAACAAGCAAGAUGUCUGUUUGACCCUUAAGUAGCACUUUGAGUUGAUAUCUAAUUUAAUUAGUUGCCACAACUCUGCGCUGGUGGGGUGGAUUGACAUGGUUUAUAAUUUUUCUGCAGUAUUCAUGAACUUGGCUUCUGUGCUUUCAUUU